AUGNUUGAACAGACGACAGCCACNGCCUUGCUGGGCUAUAUCGACGGGUGGCUCCAGGAGGCUCUUGACAGACAAGUCUUUGGACCCUCGACAGCGAUCGUGCCAAGCGCUGUUCGUAAGCGCAAAGCUAGCNCCAGCACCACGCCUGCAUCGCCCGGCAAGACUACCAACAAGACUAUCUUUGGCCCUCUGUGGCAUCAGUGGACCAUGCUCUGCUUCCUCAAGCUUGACGAACUGCAAGAUAGCAGCACGAUCGGUCAAUUUCGAGGCCUGGCGCGAACCUGUUUGACACUCAUCACNACGCUGUCAAGAGACGGUAUUGACACCAUCGAUGCGCUCGAUCAGAUCGCAGCAGCCUGGCAGGUUGUUCUCAUUGUCGCCAGCAUUUGGGGCCAGCAAGAUCUGCUUCUUAGCUAG